AUGGAUGUUGUAGGAUUCCAUAUGUUCACUAUAAGGGUGAUGAACAUGUUUGGACCAAGUCUUUGGGAUGUUUGGAAUUCUUUAGGCCAAUCGAUGUCACCAAGUAUGACGGCUUGCAUUGUUGUUGAGGCAAUAUCAAAUCUUGAAAAGCUUCAUGCAAAGGGGGGUACAAUAAGAUACGCGAGUGCACAUGCACAUUUAGAUUAUACAUGUAGUAGAAGAGAUGACCUAGAGCCACUCGCAUACACAAUUAGGGAACGUGAAUUCAUGUUUUAUCGAGACCCUACUGAUGAUAUGGUUUUACAAGAAUAUGAACUUGAUCUUUAUAUGGAAUUUGAUUGGUGA